AUGCCGUCGAGUAAACAGGGCAAAGAGCAUGGCCUCAUGGCCGCCACAGAACCUGCAGUGGCCACGACGUCCCCCUCGGCGUCUGUGCAGGGAGGCAGCGAGGACGCAAAGGAGGAUGGGGGAAAGGCCGCCGGCGGGCAGGACUCGUCGUCGAGCUUCCGCUACCUGGUGCGCGUCUUCACCUACAACGACGCCAAGGGCUGGCUCAUGAACGCCGGCGCCCUCGUCUGCAUCAUCGCCUCGGGCACUGCCCUGCCGCUCAUGGACGUCGUCUUUGGCAAGUUCGUCAACGUCUUCAAUGACUUUUCCACGGGCACGCUGUCGCCCGCCGCCUACCGCGCCGAGGUGGCCCGGUUUUCACUGUAUUUCGUGUACAUCUUCAUCGCCAAGUUUGCGCUGACGUACAUUUGGACGGUGCUGGUCAACGUGACGGCCAUCCGGACCACCAAGAAGCUGCGCGUUGACUUUGUGCGGCAGCUGCUGCGGCAGGAAAUCUCCUUUUUCGACACGCCCUCGACGUCCGUGUCGAGCCAGAUCACGACAAACGGCAACCUCAUCAACACAGGCAUCUCGGAGAAGCUCGGGCUUACCAUCCAGGCCAUGGCUAGCUUUAUCACGGCCUUUAUCGUCGCCUUUGCGGUGCAGUGGAAGCUAACGCUCAUCGUGCUGGCCAUUGUGCCCCUCAACGUCGUCGUCACCGUCGCCUGCGUCGCGCGCGACACGUGGCUUGAGUACCAAAUGUUUGACAUCUACGGCGAGAGCGGUAGCCUGGCCGAGGAGGCGAUUGCGUCGAUCCGCACCGCGCAUGCGUUUUGGGCCUUUCCCGGCCUGGUGCGCCGCUUUGAGGCUAUUCUCGAUCGUGCUAAGCGGAUCGGGGACAAGAAGUCGCUUGUCUACGCCAUCCUCUUUCCCGUCGAGUUCUUCUGCGUUAUUUCUGGCUAUGCGCUGGCCUUUUGGCAGGGCAUGAGGAUGUAUGCGUCGGGCGAGAUUCAGAACCCGGGCACCGUCGUGACCGUCAUCUUCGCCGUCCUCGUGGCCGCCCAGGCUCUCACCCAGGUGGCUCCCCAGACCGUGGCCAUAUCCAAAGCGGCCGCCGCGGCGCAAGACCUCUUCGCCACUAUCGACCGCAAGUCGGCCACCGACUCGCUCUCGCGCGACGGCGAGCGCAUCCCCGACUUUAGGGGCGAGAUCCGGCUACGCGGCGUGCGCUUCGCCUACCCGUCGCGGCCCGGCGUCCCUAUCCUACACGGGCUCGACCUUAACGUGCCGGCGGGGAAGACGACGGCGCUCGUCGGGUCCAGUGGCUCCGGCAAGAGCACCAUCUUUGGCAUCCUUGAGCGCUGGUACCCCUUUGAGGCAGGCUCAUCCGUCACGCUCGACGGCCACGAGAUUGCCGACCUUAACCUGCAAUGGCUUCGGACGAAUAUGCGGUUAGUACAGCAGGAGCCGACGCUCUUUAGCGGCACUAUUUUCCAAAACGUCGUCGAUGGACUUACGGGGACGGAUAUGAAUGGCCUUGCCGACGAAGAAAAGGCAAGGCUGGUCACGGAGGCGUGCAAGGCGGCCUAUGCCCACGAGUUUAUCGAGGGCUUGCCCAACGGCUACGAGACGUACAUUGGUGAGCGCGGCGCCUCGCUGUCUGGCGGGCAGAAGCAGCGAAUCGUUAUUGCGCGUAGCAUUAUCUCGGACCCCAAGGUGCUCCUCCUCGACGAGGCGACAAGCGCGCUCGACCCCAACGCCGAGAAGAUUGUACAGGCGGCCCUCAACAACGUAGCCAGGGGCCGGACCAUGGUGGUGAUUGCGCACCGGCUGUCCACGGUCCGUGACGCCGACAAUAUCGUCGUCAUGGCCAAGGGCGAGUCGGUCGAGAGCGGCACCCACGACCAGCUGAUCGAGCGCGGCGGCGUGUAUGCCCGGCUCGUCAAGGCGCAGGACCUAAGCAAGGCGGGAGAUAAGUCCGACGACGACGACGACGACGACGAGGAAGAAAUUGUCCAAGCCAAGGACGCGGCGCCGGCGGACCUCGACGUGGCGCUGACGCAGGUCUCGACGGCGGCCGGAUCUGCUGCCGGCGCCGCGUGGGCUUCGGGCCCGGCGGCCGGUCGGCAGUACGGGCUACUGCACGGCUUGGUGCUCGUCCUCGGGGAGCAUCCGUCGCUGUGGUGGCCGAUGGCUGUGUCGGUCGUGUGCGCCGUCGUGGGCGGCGGUACGUUCCCGGUGCUGGCCGUGCUCUUCUCCAAGACCCUGGACGCCUUUCAGACGGUCGACGUGGCGCGCGGCAACUUCUUCUCCCUCAUGUUUUUUAUCGCUGCGCUGGCCAACUUUAUCGCCUAUUUCUUCAUCGGUUGGUAUGCCAAUGUGCUGGCCCAGACCGUCAUGAAACACUACCGCACCGAGGUCUUCAACAACACGCUCCGCCAGGACAUGAGCUUCUUCGACCGGCCCGACAACUCGACGGGCGCCCUCGUGUCGCGCAUCGCGGCAGAGCCGACGUCGCUGCAGGAGCUGCUAUCGAUGAACGUGUCGCUCCUGGCCGUCAACGGCGUUAACCUAAUUUCGUCGUCCGUUUUGGCCAUUGCCUAUGGGUGGAAGCUUGGCCUAGUGCUUUCGCUGGGCGUGCUGCCGGUGCUCGUGGCCGCAGGCUAUGUCCGCAUCCGGCUCGAAUUCCGCUUCGAGGGCGAUACGGCGGCGCGCUUUGCUCGUAGCAGUGGCGUCGCGGCCGAGGCCGUCAUGGGCAUCCGCACCGUCUCGUCGCUGGCUCUAGAGCACGCCGUCAUUGAGCGCUAUGAGACGGGGCUGCAGGGCCUGGCGGUCAAGGCCGUCGGCGAGCUGGGCUUUAAGAUGCUCUUUUACUCCCUUAGCCAGUCCCUCUCGUUUCUCGCCAUGGCGCUUGGGUUUUGGUACGGCGGGAGGUUGGUGUCAACGGGCGAGUAUACCAACGGCCAGUUCUACGUCGUCUUUAUGGCCAUCGUCUUUGCCGGCGAGGCGACAGCCAUGUUCUUCCAGUACACGACGAGCAUCACAAAGGCGCGCACCGCCAUCAACUAUAUCUUUGGGCUGCGGCGCCAGCUCGAGCUGGUCGACGAGGAGCCCGACUCCUCCUCCUCCUCCGCCCGGCACGACAAGGCCAGCAAGGGCACCGGCGAUAAGGCCGAGGACCCGGCAUCGCAGGGCGUCGAGGUGCGCUGCGAGGCCGUCGAGUUUGCGUACCCGCUCCGGCCGCGGCACCGGGUGCUCCGGGGCAUCGACCUCGACGUCGGGCCCGGCAAGAUGGUGGCGCUGGUGGGCGCGUCGGGCUGCGGCAAGUCGACCGUCGUGUCGCUGCUCGAGCGCUUCUACGACCCGACGGCCGGCACGGUGCGCGCCGACGGCCGGGACGUCCGGGGGCUCGGCCGGCGGCGGUACCGGCGCGACGUGGCGCUGGUGCAGCAGGAGCCGGUCCUGUACCAGGGGUCCAUCCGCGACAACGUGGGCCUGGGCGGCCGCGGCGGCGACGACGGCGACGGCGACGAGCAGCAGCCGGCCGAGGGCGCCGUCGUGGCCGCGUGCCAGGCGGCCAACGUGUGGGACUUCAUCGCCUCGCUCCCGCAGGGCCUCGACACCCCCUGCGGCCCGCAGGGGCUCUCGCUGUCGGGCGGCCAGCGGCAGCGCAUCGCCAUUGCGCGGGCGCUGGUGCGGCGCCCGCGGCUGCUGCUGCUCGACGAGGCCACGAGCGCCCUCGACAGCGAGUCGGAGAAGCUGGUCAAGCAGGCCCUCGACCGCGCCGCCGCCGGCCGCACCACCGUCGCCGUCGCCCACCGCCUCAGCACCGUCCGCGACGCCGACGCCAUUGCCGUCUUCCACCGCGGCGCCGUUGCCGAGCUGGGCACGCACGAUGAGCUGGUGGCCCAGAGGGGGCUGUAUUACCAGAUGGUCCUGAGCCAGUCGCUCGACCGCGAGGCCUCCUGA